GUUGACUCGCGAGGGUUGAAGUGCUGCAGUGGCAUUUUCGUUGGCGUUUAGUAACCAUAUGUAGGUAAAAGAAAGAGCUCCUGUAUAAACUAGUGGAGGCUAAUCAAAAAAUAUACUUAAUAGAUAAAACAAUAUAUAAGUAAUUUAAGCGAAAUUUAAGUAACACAUGAAUAAAAUUGAUAAAUAUAUAGUUUGUUGCAGUGAAUAAUAAACAUACGUGUAAAUUGACGAAAGAUGCUUUAAAGAGCGUGAAAAGUUUUUUAAAUAAAAAAGUUGGCGCCGAAGCAAAAACAACAAGUACGUUAUCAACGUGCGAGGCUGUGAUAAGAGAUAAGAUAAAAGAAAAUGGUAAAAAAAUGUGUGAGAAUAAAAUAACACGGUCAUAAAACGAGAAAUAAAUGUUGAAAACAAUAAAAACAAAACAAAAAUUAAAGCAUGAAGUAAUUGGAGACAUUGAGCAGUGCUUAUAAAACUUUCAACAUAUCUAUAUCUGCAUAUACAUAUAUAUACUACCUGUGCAUAUUUACACAUACAAAAGGAGAUAACGGGCACAAAAAUAACCCACUGUUACUGAAAUUUUUUAGUAAAGAAGAGAACGACCGAAACACCUUAGGCGAUUAAAUCCUUGGCAUAACGCAUCACCUUCCAAGUAGACUGUACACCAACAUCAGAAUUCGUGAUUCAAUAAUUUCACUGACUUUAUAAUAAAACAUAACCAACAUGACAUCUACACCUGCGACUGAUUUGGAAGCGCAAGUCAACGUGGAGGAUCUGCCGUUAACAUUCAAGGUCAAAUACAUUGGCUCCGAGGUGGCACGUGGCUUAUGGGGUAUUAAAUUCACCCGCCGACCGGUCGAUAUCAUGGUGGGUGUAGCCAAGAAUUUACCCGCUAAGAAAGUCUUACCGCAAUGUGAUCUCACAGUAUCAACCGAUGGUGUUAGAAUUGAAAUCAUAACACCAAAAGCGAAUGUGAAUAAUUGGAAAUGUCCGAUAGAUACGAUUUCGUAUGGUGUUCAAGAUUUGGUCUACACUCGAGUAUUCGCUAUGAUUGUGGUGAAAGACGAACAACAUCCACAUCCGUUCGAGGUACACGCUUUCGUGUGCGAUAGUCGCGCUAUGGCACGGAAACUAACAUUUGCUCUAGCGGCUGCUUUUCAAGACUACUCGCGACGCGUUAAAGAGUCGGGUGAACCAUCGGCUACCGAUAACAUUACGCCACAUCGACAGAAGUUCGCCAUCGAUUUGCGUACACCCGAAGAGCUGCAGGAGGGUGCCAAUGAAGAGACGGAGGCUUAGCUGGUUCCUGCUGUUCUGGAAGGAAUACCUACGCGCUCAAUAGCUGAUCCAUUUGUCUAAAAAAUACAUCACACGAUUAAUUAUGCGAUACAGCUUUUUACUAUGGUUUUAUUUCUAUGUAGUAUUAAUUUACUCGUUAGAUAAUAAUAUUUUAAGCCAAAAUAAUUAUAUUUAAGUUAUAGUUACUCUUCACAUACUCUAUAGGAGUGCGCUUAGGUUCUUCAGCUUUCACGGGACUUAAGUCGUUAGUAUUUAUUUAUUCUUAAAAAUCCGUGCGACAAUUUUUAACGUGAUCCCACCUAAAAGCUUAGACUUUUCCAAAGCCCUCCAAAGAACCGAGGUCGCUCCGAGAUCGAGAAAUUUUUUUUCGAGCCAUUCCUGGCUGUUAAUGCAAUGUUGCUUCUGCUUAAACCAAUAAUUUUAGUGACUUCAACUAAUAUUCCCAUAACAUAAUAUUUUUUGAGUAAGAACACUAUCAUAGUAAUAACUGAUAAAUACUAAAAGAAAUGAUGAAUCACUCUAUAUUCUUAUAACCUACUUGUCGCACUUUAUAAUAGAAAAGUAUAUGGUCUAAUAUACCAUAAAUAGAGAGAAUAUUUUCUUUCUUCUAGUGAGUGCUACACAAUAAAAAAACAAGAGUUGCAGAAUUUCAUGUCGCAUUAGCAAAAGUAAUCUGCAGUCUAUGAAUAGUAGGCUAGUAACCUAACUUUGUUCCUAGUGAAAAAUUAUAUGUUUGAACUUUUAAGCAACACAGGAAGCGACAGCGAAACAACGUCUUGAAGCCAGCUUCAUGAAUAUAAUUUCGUUGUUGCCGUACCAAAACCUUUCACUUCCAUAAAAUUUAAAUAUUUUGUUAAAAGUGAAAUAUUUUGUGCAAAAAAUAAGUAAAUAGAUCGAUUUAUAUGUCUUAAAUCAUCAGUUGAUAUUAAAAUUAAAGAUAAAUAUAUUAGAGCUAUUUUAUGCUUCUGUUCGUAAGACAGCGUUAGGUUUGUAUUUAACAUAUUAGUGGCAUCACUGCAGCUACCAAUUGUCGUCGGAAGAAUUAGAAAUGGUUUUAAUUUAGCGACAACGACAACUGCAAGCCUACUGCCGUAAAGUCGUGCUGUUGUCUAAAUUAAUGUGCCCAUAAAAAUGCAUGGCUUGUCACCAGCAAUAGUUUUCCUGAGCACAAUUUCCUAGUUUGCAGGCAGCGGCUAUUUCUAUUUGCCUUUUUUUUUGAACAUUUAAAAAAUUGCUUAUGAAAUAUAAAUUAAGUAAAAUUUAAAAAUGCUUAUAAAUAAAACAGUAGAUUUUCCUGAAUGAAUGAAUUUCAAUUAAAGAAUACUUCUAAUGAUGUCGCUGAAGAUCCUCAGCAUUGAGUUGCCGGUUAAUGGUGCAUGUCAUUUGGUUACCAACAAUAAAUCUUUAGAGAGUUAGUAUUCUAGUUGUUCACCUCAAUUUUUUCCUGUGGACCUUAAUUUUUGAAAAUAUUUGCAAAAAGUAAACUCCUAAAAUAUUUGGAACAGUUUAUAAAAAAAUAAGGAUCCGCGUUGAAAUUUUAAAAACUGAAAAUGCUUUCGUUGACUCCAAGUAUAGAGUAAUAAUAUAGAAGCUGCUUUAUAAAGACCAAAGUAUUUUUAAUGUGAUUUAAAGGUUAUUUUUGGGUUGUUAGAUGUAUGUUGUAACGGCAGAAAUUUACAAACGGUCAGAUUAAAUAGUUUGUAAAAAACAAAUAUUAUAUUUAAAUUAGUUUUAGAAAUUUUGACUUGUUUUACAAAGAAACUUUAUUUGUACAUACAUAACCACUUGUACAGAAUUUACUUGUAUUUUUCCCUGAUACAGCUAGUUACCCAAAGUAUAAGACAACUUAGUGUAUGUAAAAGUAUAAUUAUAAAUAUAUAAUAAAAUAAAUUAUAUGGAAAAAUUGUAAAUUAAAAGAAUAAGUGUUAAUUUAUUAAUCAUGAUAAAAUAUUGUGAAAUCAGUGUAUAGUUAUAUUGAUUUGCCAAAUUUUCCGGUGAGAAAAGCAAAUUAUAAUAUUAUAUUCUCAUAGCAAAGUUCGCUUUAGUUAAAAGAUUACAACAAAAACUUAAAACUAACAAAAAACAUACAAAAAUUUCAAGAAAGCCAACAGCCUUUUUUAUUUUAAAUUUCGUAAUUAAAAACUUUAUAGUUAAGUUUUCGGCUAACAUUUUUUAUAGUAUUUUUACUUCAUUAUAUCAGCGAACGGUUUUUGAAGUGUAGUUGAAUAAUUUGGUGCUAGCUCCUAAAACGGCUUUCAAAAUGUAGAUUAAAGUAUUGAUGUACUUAAUUUCAUGAAAUGUGUGUAUAUAUAAAUAUACUUUACCUAUGUAAUAAAUGUCUAGACUCUACAAAUGUA